AAUAUUCAGUUUAUCGGAUGCCUCAACUUUCUGUCAAAAUACUACCACAUUAUAGGAGACAUAGGAGUAAAAUCAUUGACUGAUUGUGAGUGAAAUUGUAGCCUGUCUAGUAUAAUAUAUUCCAAAUAAAAGCUGUCCAUGACAUCGAUGACAGUAAUUGCAGAGAGGUACCAUCUAUUGGUGGGGUCAACCUGAUGAACCACGCACUGUGCCUACUUCCUUAGAAGCGCGAAUAAUAUUGAAGUACUUACCUGUGUUUUAAGUGCUCACAAGUGAAACAGGUAUGUAAUACCUGCUGUGAAUCUCUGCCGACCUCUUGACCUAUUUUCCAUAGAGGCCACUCGAAUACAUCAACAUGGCAAUAAUGGCCGAGUCGAAGGAAGGAAAUGAAAACAUGGAAUCAAAGGAAAAAGUUAAAAAAAUUGAAAAUGACACGAAAACUGAUAAACAAAAAGCAGAAACAAUAACAACAAAAUGGAAGAAAAAAUACCGACUGAUAACAGAUAACAUAACUGUGGAACCAAUGUUAGCCCUCUACAUAAUUCCAAGCGUUUUCGCCAGUUUGGCUACGCAAAACUUGAGCCUGGAAAAGGCUUGCAGGGUGAAUUUGAACUACCCAACCUACGUCUGUGACGCCCUUAGCGCUAGGGACACAGCAAACUACACGAAAGAAGAGAAAGCGGUUCAGGAACUGGUUGCUUCGAUGUCUGUGUGGAAGACAAUGCUUCAAAGUGCCCUUCCAGCCUUUCUGAUCAUGUUCAUUGGGUCUUGGAGUGACAGAUGGGGUAGGAGAAAACCGUGUAUGCUUCUGCCUAUAGUUGGGGAAUUCUCCACUGUCAUAGGACUACUUUUGUGUUCUUAUUUCUUUUAUGAACUUCCCAUGGAAGUUUGCGGUAUCGUUGAAGGGCUCUUUCCUGCCCUAACAGGAGGUUGGUUUACCAUGUUCAUGGGUGUAUUCAGUUUUAUGGGAGAUGUGACAACGGUUGAAAAACGUACGUUAAGGAUAGGAAUAGUGAAUGUUAUUUGUUCCCUCGGUAUACCUAUUGGACUGGCUCUAAGUGGUGUGAUGUAUAAAAAAAUUGGAUUUUAUGGAGUGUUCUCCUCUUCAGCCGUCAUGUAUAUCAUAGCGUUGUAUUAUGGUAUCACCACAAUAAAGGAAAAGGAGAAAGUCAACACUCCAGUUCUGGAUGACAAACCCUUUGCUUUCUUGAGGGAUUUCUUCGAUGUGAAACAUAUCUAUUAUACUUUCCAGGUGGCAUUCAAAAGGGGAGAAAAUAAAAGGAGGAAGAAGGUUAUUCUUCUCAUGUUGGUUGUCAUGGUUGUGAUUGGACCAAUGCAUGGUGAAAUGGCUGUGACUUACUUGUUCACCAGGUAUCGUUUUAAUUGGGAUGAAGUAGACUACAGUAUUUUUUCGACGUAUUCCAUGGUAACGAAUUUGAUCGGAACUUCGAUUUCAGUUGGAGUUUUCAGCCAUAUGAUGAAAAUCGAUGAUGCUAUCGUAGGAAUUUAUUCAUCUAUAAGCAAAAUAUUAUCGAGUUUUGUAUACGGAUUCGCGAAAACUUCAUUCGUGUUUUAUUUAGGAGCUAUAGUGGAAAUAUUGAACGGAACUUCAUUCAUUGCGAUGCGGUCAAUUGCUUCAAAACUUGUAUCUUCAGAAGAAUUGGGUAAAGUUAACUCACUCUUUGGAGCCUGUGAGGCCCUCAUGCCUCUCAUAUAUGGCCCUAUGUACAGUGGCACUUACGCUGCAACCCUCAACAUAAUGCCAGGACUAUUUUUCAUAUUGGGUGGCAUUCUCACAAUACCAGCUGUCAUUAUUUUCGGAUGGAUGUACGCGCAAAAUCGCAAAGAUUUGGCGUCCAAACAAUCCCUCCAACCGGAGAAUAAAGACGCUGAGAAUGCUGUUUCUCCCGACGAAUCAGUACUGAAAGAUGUGAUACUCAAUGCAGCCUCCACGAAGGUUCAAAUAGGCUCUCCAAUUCUGGAUGCAAAACGUCAAAACGAAGCCGUAGAAAAAGAGGGCGUGACGAAUCCUGCCUUCGAAGCGGAAAAUCAAUAGGAAGUGUGAUAAAAAUGUGAUAUGAAAUAGAAUAUAAGUAUUAGGUUAACCGCAAAAGUCCAUGAAGGAUAAGUCUUUAUUCUACUUUCUGUUUUAUAGAAAAAAUUAUUCAUGGAUUGAUAUGUAUCAGUAGUUUUCAUUCGGAUUAUCUGAAAUCAAAUCCAAGACUUACUACGUUCUUCAUCAGUAUUGAUAUCGUUUUUCAUUGUACUUAUUCCUUGUUUAAUUUCCUAUUAGUUUUAGUUCAUGAGUUCCACUAUUAUUCAUAGGAUUCUAUUCAAUAUUCAGUAUUCUCAAUUAUUAAGUUUUAUAGUUUUAAUCAUUGACCUUUCACAUUAUAAUUAUGAGAUGUUUGAGAGAUUAUAUGUUGAGAAGAAAAUGUUAAGAUAUAAUUUAUACUUAUAUUUAUAGAGUUUUGUAUCACUCCAAUAAAUGAUCUUCUAAAUGA